GUGCUGUGGGACAGCUCACGGGGCAGUUAUGGCGAUGUCAGGCACCUAUGGGGCAGCUUACGGGGUUAUGGAGCAAGUUCUGGAGUCGGUUUUGGGAGUUUUGGGGCCGGUUUUGGUGUUUUGGGGCCGUCCCCCCUCACAAGGGGCCCCCCAGCGGUGCUGGAGGACCGCGCACCAUAGAGAGGAGCGGCCAGAGCGGCCGCUGCCGCCUCUGCCUCCGCCCCCCUCCGGCCCCCCGUACGUCACUUCCGGCCAGGGAGAGCGCGAGGGCAGCGCGGGAGCGAAGCGGCGCCGCCAUGGCAACGGCGACCCCCAAGGUUCCUGAGGUUCGGGACGUGACUCGAAUCGAGCGGAUUGGCGCCCACUCCCACAUCCGCGGGCUGGGCCUGGACGAUGCCCUGGAGCCGCGGCAGGUGUCCCAGGGCAUGGUGGGGCAGCUCUCGGCCCGGCGCGCUGCCGGCGUCAUCCUGGAGAUGAUCAAGGAGGGGAAAAUCGCCGGGCGCGCCGUGCUGAUCGCGGGGCAGCCGGGCACGGGCAAAACGGCCAUUGCCAUGGGCAUGGCGCAGGCGCUGGGCCCCGACACUCCCUUCACGGCCAUCGCGGGCAGCGAGAUUUUCUCCCUGGAGAUGUCGCGCACCGAGGCGCUCACCCAGGCCUUCCGCCGCUCCAUCGGCGUCCGCAUCAAGGAGGAGACUGAGAUCAUCGAGGGGGAGGUGGUGGAGAUCCAGAUCGACCGCCCGGCCACCGGCACGGGGACCAAAGUGGGGAAGCUGACGCUGAAAACGACAGAAAUGGAGACCAUUUAUGAUUUGGGGGCCAAGAUGAUCGAGGCCCUGAGCAAGGAGAAGGUGCAGGCAGGUGAUGUCAUCACCAUCGACAAGGCCACAGGGAAGAUCUCAAAGCUGGGGCGCUCCUUCACCCGAGCACGGGACUACGACGCCAUGGGGGCACAGACGAAAUUCGUGCAGUGCCCCGACGGGGAGCUGCAGAAACGGCGCGAGGUCGUUCACACGGUGUCGCUGCACGAGAUCGACGUCAUCAACUCCCGCACGCAGGGCUUCCUCGCCCUGUUCUCGGGUGACACAGGUGAGAUCAAGCCGGAGGUGCGGGAGCAGAUCAACGCCAAAGUGGCCGAGUGGCGUGAGGAGGGCAAGGCCGAAGUCAUCCCUGGGGUGCUGUUCAUCGAUGAGGUUCACAUGCUGGACAUCGAGAGCUUCUCGUUCCUCAACCGGGCCCUGGAGAGCGACAUGGCGCCCGUGCUGAUCAUGGCCACGAACCGCGGCAUCACCAGGAUCCGAGGCACUGCCCACCGCAGCCCCCACGGGCUCCCGCUGGAUCUGCUGGACCGGCUGCUGAUCAUCGCCACGGCGCCCUACGGCGACAAGGAGACGCGGCAGAUCCUCAAAAUCAGGUGCGAGGAGGAGGACGUGGAGAUGACGGAGGACGCGUACGCCGUGCUGACGCGCAUCGGGCUGGAGACGUCGCUGCGCUACGCCAUGCAGCUCAUCACCGCCGCCAGCCUGGUGGCCAGGAAACGCAAGCAGGGCGCGGAGGUGGGCGUGGAGGACAUCAAGCGUGUGUACUCGCUGUUCCUGGACGAGUCGCGCUCCACGCAGUACAUGAGGGAGUACCAGGAGGCCUUUCUGUUCAACGAGCUCCAGGCUGAAUCCAUGGAAACGCCGUGACCCCCCCCCCCCCAUUUCCUCCUCCCCCCCUUUGUACAAUAAAUCUGAUUUGGAGCCCAAAAUUUCCCAAAAAUUGGGGAAGGGGCAGUGCC